CACCGAGUGCCCACACGGGAGUGACGUCACGGGAGGUAUAUAUGCAGGGUUCACUAAGUUAUCCUCAGUACUUUGCUGCGCUAACUCCACACCGUUAGACGCGGUCGGUCAUCCCCCCUUGCUCUUCCCAUCAAACAACUUAAGUCACAAUGCGUGAGUGCAUCUCCAUCCAUGUGGGCCAGGCUGGUGUCCAGAUGGGCAAUGCGUGCUGGGAGCUUUACUGUCUCGAGCACGGUAUUGCCCCUGAUGGCUCUAUGCCCUCAGACAAGGCCCUUGGCAACGCCGACGACUCCUUCAACACCUUCUUCUGCGAGACCGGCGCAGGCAAACACGUCCCCAGGGCCGUCUUCGUCGAUCUGGAACCCUCCGUAGUCGAUGAGGUCCGUACCGGCACAUACCGCCAACUGUUCCAUCCAGAGCAACUCAUCAGCGGCAAAGAAGACGCCGCCAACAACUACGCCAGAGGACACUACACUAUCGGAAAGGAAAUCGUCGACCUGGUGCUGGACCGCGUCAGGAAGCUGGCUGACAGCUGCACUGGUCUUCAGGGAUUCCUGGUCUUCCACUCCUUCGGCGGCGGCACCGGUUCCGGCUUCACUUCUCUGCUCAUGGAAAGACUCUCCGUCGACUACGGCAAGAAGAGCAAGCUGGAGUUCGCCAUCUACCCCGCCCCUCAAGUCGCUACCGCCGUUGUCGAGCCAUACAACUCCAUCCUCACCACCCACACCACUCUCGAGCACUCCGACUGCGCCUUCAUGGUCGACAACGAAGCCAUCUACGAUAUCUGCCGCAGAAACCUAGACAUCGAACGACCUUCCUACGCUAACCUGAAUCGUCUAAUUGGCCAGAUUGUCUCCUCCAUUACCGCGUCCCUCAGGUUCGACGGAGCCCUCAACGUUGACCUCACAGAAUUCCAGACCAACUUGGUGCCCUACCCCAGGAUCCACUUCCCUCUUGUCACCUACGCUCCUGUCAUCUCUGCCGAGAAAGCCUAUCAUGAACAAAUCACCGUCGGAGAAAUCACCAACGCCUGCUUCGAACCCGCCAACCAGAUGGUGAAAUGUGACCCACGUCACGGAAAGUACAUGGCUUGCUGUCUACUGUAUCGUGGCGACGUGGUUCCCAAGGACGUGAACGCCGCCAUUGCUUCCAUCAAGACGAAGCGAUCCAUCCAGUUCGUGGACUGGUGUCCCACAGGUUUCAAGGUGGGCAUCAACUACCAGCCGCCCACCGUCGUGCCCAACGGUGACCUUGCUAAGGUGUCGCGAGCCGUCUGCAUGCUGUCCAACACGACGGCCAUCGCAGAGGCCUGGGCUCGUCUUGACCACAAGUUCGACUUGAUGUACGCCAAGCGCGCCUUCGUGCACUGGUAUGUUGGCGAGGGCAUGGAGGAGGGCGAGUUUUCGGAGGCCCGCGAGGACCUGGCAGCCCUCGAGAAGGACUACGAAGAGGUCGGCCUUGACACCGUGGCCGACGAGGAAGAGCAGGGCGAAGACUACUAGAUACACCAACAAGAUGGCUGAUCUUAAAACUCGCCAGCGGACGAAACACCUCCGCUAAGUCAUUGGUUCAAGCUUUACCAUAUCAUUAGGCCUUUUUAAAAAUCUCAUUUGGAAUCACACAAGAAUUAAAUUAUUUUUGGUACUAAAA